CGUUAUCGAUUGAAGAUUGGCAUCCGCUCAAUGACCGCCGCAGCUGCCUGACCGCCUCCAACCCGAACCCCAUCGGCUGUAUCCGCAGCACCAUCGAGCACUCUGGAGCGUCUCAACAGCAACACCCCGAGCCCGACUUUCACCUCUCACUCCGAGUAUCCCGUCACCCCACCAACAGCUUCACCCACCAUGGACUUCGCCUACUCGCCGCACCGCGAGUCGGGCGGCAUGGUGCACCUUCCCUCGCCAACCCACCACGGCUACCGCAUGGAAGGCGCCCACUUUUCCUCGAUCCAGCAGAUUCGGCGCUCCCUCUCGCGCUCGCCCUCGAAGCCGUCGCGCUUCCAGCUCCGCUCGGGCAAGAGCGACUCGCCAGCAUCGCCCAUUUCACCGCUGGCCCUCUCCCGCGCCUUCAGCCCUAAGCCGCACAAGCCCGUCAGCCCUGUCGCCACUUAUCCAGAGUCGCCCUUCACCACUCAAGCUGCCCCGCCCACCAAAAAGAAGUUCUCCCUCCGCCGCACCGCACCGUUUAGGUCAUCGCCGCGGAACCGCAACCCGACAUCCAAAAGCCCGCGCCGCGCCCUAGGUGACUCGACCGACCUCGGAAACUCGUCGCCUUUCGUGUCGCGACCCCUCUUCGGGGACGAGAACACCUCCGCGCGCAAGACUAGCGCAGAGUUUAUGGAGAAGCUUAGUGCAGAGAGCAAGCGCUUCGACAUUGACGACAAGCCGAUCAAGUUCGAGUUUGCGCGCCCACAACAGCAGAGCGCUAACGCGCCCGGUGCAAACUGCUUCGUCCCCGCGCAGUCGAGCCCGCUCAAGCGCCGCGACGGAAUCUCGAGUUUGGGCUCUACAAACAUCGACAGCCCGGUCGCUAAGAGGAGGAGUCUGCACGGCGCGACGUCGGGACUUGACUUCAGUAUAUUCGAUCAGACUCCCGCCCCGCGUUCGUCUGCGGAGGAACCGUUGCGAUCACGCGAUAGCGACUUCGCUCACCCAUUCUCCUCACCUAUGCCAAACACGCAAUCACCUGUACGAAGGACGUCGUCGUUGAGAAAGUCGACCUUGUCCCAGCGAGUGGGCUCGAGCACGCCUCGGCCAAAAGCAUCCAUGGACGGAGAGUUCGUUCGCCCCGGUCCGGCCGCAUCAAGAGCGAACAAGAGGAUGUCGCUCCCCAGCUCCCUCAGUCUCAAUUCUGAAACGAUCGAGACUCCAGUACGCAAGUCAACCUUCGAGCCUUCACGCCCUGUCGCACAUCAGCCUUUCCUCCGAGGCGGUGCAGGAUCUCACCAGCCGCAUCCUCUGUCGAAUGCGCUAACCGCAUCAUCCUCUUCAUCCAGCAUGGCUGAGGAUAUGGCUGACGAUUCGCCUACACACGCUCCUCCCCACGCUCCGCCUACAGUCGCCCCACGUGAUCAUAGGUUCUCCAAGUCCCUUCCCUUAGGAAUCUCGCGACCGAAGCCGGAACAGGCGCUAGAGCAGUCAGAGCAAGAGUCGUUCGCUACGCCAUUUGCAUGGAAGAUGGCAAAGCCAAAUCCUGGACCAUUCAUGUCGACCGGUCUACUAUCUAAGAAGAAUCGCAAUGUCGACGAACAAGAGGGAGGUGCAAUCUAUCAACAACCUGACACUCCAACUAAGCGCAUGUCAUUCCCUCCCGCGGUGGUGGAUUCCCCUCUUGGUAAGCGAGGCAGCUUGUUCGGUAGCUCCACCCAGUCUCGGCCUGAGUUUGGCACGCCCAGCACUCCCUUUAGUGUCCAUGCAUCGAAGUUCUCUACGGAGUCCUUCGGCAAGGGAGUCGGCAUUUUCGGGAGCUUCGGCAGCACACACCAGCGCCGUGGGAGUUUCGUUAGCAUUGACGGGGAUGAUACCUCCAACUCGCCAAUCGGGAACCACAUGACCGACAGUCAGUCGAGCGCGGACGACAUGCCGCCAACCCCAACGAAGCAUAGCGAUGGAGCAGGACGACGCUCUAAAGAGAGCAGCCUGAGACGUAGGACUUUCCGGCAUCGCGCUUCGCUCGGCAAUGACACUUUCUCGGCCCCAGACACCCCGAGCAUUGACAUUCCAUCAUCAUCAGAUGCACAGAAUGUCACUUCAACUGGUGCCUCUCCGCACACACCGAGCGAGACUUUCGCGCCGCCUGACCCCAGCAGGCUGACCAUCUCUGGUAAUCGCCGAGGGUCAUUGCCCUUCAACAGCAGCUUCGGCAGCAACUCGUUCCCGCCUGCUACACCGACUACGCCCCGAGAUCAUUCUAACUUCUUCGCCGAUGGUCAAGCCGCGAUUCCAAUCGGUUUGACCAAGAACGAUGUUGAUGAGGCCCUGACUUCACGGUUCGGCGAGGUUCGAUUACUCGAUGGUGGCGAAGGCGAAUUUUCAAAGGUCUACCGCGUCAGCAGGCCUGUUGGGCAGCAGUCUCCGUUCAGCUCUCCUCCCGGCAGCCAGGUGUGGGUGGUCAAGAAAACCAAGAGGCCAUACAUUGGAGCUUCAGAUCGCGAACGGAAGAUGCGGGAGGUCGAGAUUCUAUAUGCUCUGCGUGGUAAUGACCACGUCCUUGCGAUCAAAGGCCACUGGGAGCAUCAGGGUCACCUCUACAUACAGACCGAGUACUGCGAGGGUGGCAACCUGAGAAAGUUCCUAAACUCUGCUGGGUACAGCAGCCGCCUUGAUGACUUCCGGAUUUGGAAGAUACUCCUGGAGUUAUCAUUGGGUCUCAAGUUCAUCCAUGAGAGCGGGUUCAUCCACCUUGACAUGAAGCCGGCCAACAUCCUCAUAGAUUUCGAGGGUGUCCUCAAGGUUGGCGACUUUGGUCUGGGAAGCAGGUGGCCUGCCCCUCCUCAUAUUGAUGGCGAGGGCGACCGUCAUUAUCUGGCCCCGGAAGCCCUUCAAGGCCGAUUCGAUAAACCCGCGGACAUUUUCGCUCUCGGAGUUAUGUUGGCGGAGAUAGCUGGUAAUUGCAUCAUCCCUGAGUAUGGCGAGCAUUGGCAGAAGCUCCGAUCAGGCGAGUUCGACAAGGUUCUCCCAAGCUUGACCUGGAGCGCCGACAGUGGCACCCUCAGCCGCGACUCGAAUGGAGACCCGAUCCCGGAGUACAACAACGAAUCCGCCGCUUCGCUGUGCAUGUCCGACGCCGAAGUCGAUCCGCUUAGCUCUAUGCGCAUUCGCGCAGCGCUCAACAUCGAGGAGGAACUCGCCAAAGCGCCUCGAUUCAUGAUUGAUGAUCAUAACCCCGAUGCUAUGGACCAGGUUGUCAAAGCCAUGAUGCACCCGGAUCCGGAUCAGCGUCCAACAGCCGAUCAAGUCUACCGCUGCUUCGGUUGUCAGUGGGUCGAGGAAAGGCGACGAGCCGGUGCUACCAUUUACGAAGGUAACUUCGGUCCCGGCGAAGAUGUUCUCAGCUACAGCCAGCACUUCGCCGGAGCCGCAGACAUGAUGGACACCAGUUGAGCCCUCUACCGAACAUCGAUCUCUCGCCAUCUCCUCUGAUCUCCACACGUUGUGUACGGCGGCUGGUAGUAUUUGCUUCUCGGCCUUCGGGUGUUGG